AUGAAGUACACAACCAUUCUACUACUAUUAAGUGCAUGGGUUUCUAUAGUAUGUGCUUUUACGCCCGAAAUAUCGGUCACCGAAUCUGACUCUAUUUCCAAGUUGAUACGAUAUUUUGACGAUUCAUCAAACAUUUUGAUCAUGAGGGAUAACAAGGCUUUCAUUUCAUUUGACGAUGGGAAACUGUUUGAACAGGUGAAGGGAAUUGAGGAUAAGGUCGUCAGUAUCCAAUUUGAUCCAUUUGUCAAAGAUCGAGCAUUCAUUUUAACAAUGACCAAAACCCACUUUGUAACAAAUGACCAAGGUAAGUCUUGGUCAAAGUUUACUUCUGAUGUUUACGAUUUCGAUGGGAAUGGGUUGGCUUCAGUACCGAAAUUGGAAUUUAAUGCAGCCGACCCAAAUUUGUUGCUCAUGUCGAAUUACCAGUGCCCUGAUGAAAACUAUAAUCACAAAUGUGAGCAUGUAUUCCACUACACUAAAGAUGGUUUCAAGUCAGCGUCUAAAAAGUUGCCAAUCAAUGCUCAUGUCUGUAGGUUUGCAAGGGCCACCAAGGAGUCUGGAAUUGCAAAUUCGCAAACUAUCUAUUGUUCCGAAAAUGAACUCAAUUCACACAAGCACAUUGUUAAAUCGCGUCUUUACAAGUCUGAUGAUUUUUUCAAGAAUAGAAAAGAGUUUGAUUUGACUGAAACUGGUAAUGGUGCGAUAAUUGACAUUAAAGUGGAGGAGAAUUUCAUGACUGUUGUGAUGAGAAACGACAAAUUUAAUGAGAAAUCCAGGGUGGACAUGUAUGUGUCCAAGGACGGGAAAGAUUUUCUUAAAGCUGACUUGCAGGUGGAUGUCAAGUAUGGGGUGAUGUCGUUCCAUGCUUCAUCGCCAUCAGCGCUAUUUCUUCUGACUAUGUCAUAUGGAAGGGGCUCCUCUCGGGCUUCCAAAUUGUUUAGGUCGGAUUCAUUGGGAUUGCAUUUCACUGAAGUUCUCGACAAUAUUGCUAGCGAUGUUGUAUUGAAAGUGGAAAACAUUGACGGCGCUUGGCUUGCUGAUGUUCAGGUUGAAAGUGAAGAAGAUGCUCCAAAGUCGCUAUUGGAUAUCAUAUUUGGAGGCGGGAAAUCAAAGGACGUGAUAACAAAGUAUUCAUUCAACGACGGUGAUGAUUGGAUUCCUCUAAAACUGAAUAGCCCUAAUUGUAAAAUUGAGGAUGGGUGUUCUGUGCACUUGUGGUCAUUUAGCGAGCUAGGUGGUGAAGGAAAAUUUGUGACAGGACCAACUCCAGGAAUCUUGAUGGGAGUGGGAACAGAAGGAAAGCACCUUACCCACGAUAUUAGUGAAAUGAAAACAUUUGUGUCUCGUGAUGGGGGAUAUUCGUGGGACUUGGUGUUGGAGGAAGCUUGUGUAUUUUCUUUUGGUGACCAAGGGAAUGUCAUGUUAGCAAUGCCUUAUGCUGGAGUGAAAAGGACUGAUCCGGGAAAAUUUUUUUACUAUUCAUUGAAUCAAGGCAAGGACUGGGAAAAAGUGGAAAUCAAAGAUGCAGUUUAUAUUUUGGAUUUUAUCACUUCUGUCGAUGGCUCUUCAAGAAAGUUCUUGAUCCACGGAAUCAAACCAGAUUUUAAUACGGGUGAUGAUAAGGAGUUGUUGUACCAUAUUGAUUUCUCGAAAGCUUAUGGUGGCAAAACAUGUAAAGACAGUGAUUUUGAAGACAUUUACGCGAGACAAGUUCCUGAUAAUAUACAACUUUGUGCCUAUGGUCACAAGGAGAAAUUCCACAGAAGAAAACAAGACGCUGAAUGUUUUGUUGACAAAUUAUUUGAAGAUGUUCGUGUAUAUGAUGAACCAUGCCAAUGUGUUGAAAACGAUUUUGAGUGUGCCUUGGGAUUCAAACCAAGUGAAAAAGGUGGCAAUCAGUGUGUUCCUGAUCCAAAAAUGAUUGCAAAGUUGUGUGAAGGGAAAGAUGUUCUCGAAAUCUACGACAAGUCUAAGAUCAAUGGCAACUUGUGUGAAUUGAGAAGCAAGAAAUUGGAGGAUUUCGCCACCAAGGAAAAGAUCAAGUGUGCUGACUACACAAAGCCUAAAGAUGAUCCAAGUGGUGAUACUCAAGAAAUCAAGAUCACAACUAGUGACUUUGAAGGGAAAUUGGCACAGUAUGCUUAUCUCGGAAACAAUGACAAAACCCUCGCCGACAAUGUCGUCAUGAAGACCAAUGAGGAUAGCAUAUUUGUGUCCACUAACGGGGGAGUCAGUUUUGUCAAGGCUCCGAUUCACGAUAAGAUUCUUGGGUUUUAUACGGGAUUGUUACCAGGCCAAAUUGUCCUCGUGUCCGAUACUGAUGUUCAGUAUUAUUCGGAGGAUGGAGCUGAAACUUUCCACAGAAUUACAACUCCCAAUAAAUUUGUCCCUGUUGUACGAAAAGCAGUGGCUUUCCACAAGACUGAUGCUUCAAAGUUUUUGUGGCUUGGUGGUGACUGUGAUGGGGGUGAUUACAAUUGUAAAGCUUCUGCAUACGUCACUACCAACUAUGGACAAUCGUUCAAUAAGAUAUUGGAUAAUGUUGUUGCUUGUGAUUACGUUGGUCCCAUUUUCAGAAAACCAGUUGACAAUUUGAUAUUCUGUACCAAGAUUGAAAGUGACGGGAAAAAGAGCUUGUAUUCGAUUGAUGGACUGAAGAGUGCUAACAAGAUUUACGAUGAUAUUGUGGGCUAUGCUGUUUCAGACACAUAUGUGGUGGCUGCUGUUGUUAAAGAUGGUUCACUUGAAGCUAAGGUCACUGUGGACGGCAAAAUCUUUGCUGAUGCUGACUUUCCCAAGGAUCUCAAGGUAGAACCUCAUCAAGCUUAUACUGUUUUGGAUUCCAGUACAGGUUCUAUCUUUAUGCAUGUUACCACUAGUGCUCAGAAUGGAUUCGAGUAUGGAUCGUUAUUGAAGUCCAAUUCCAACGGUACUUAUUUUGUUUUGAGUUUGGACCAUGUCAAUAGGAACGAGGAAGGAUAUGUCGACUUUGAUCGAAUCGAUGGAUUGGAGGGUACAAUAUUGGCCAAUAUUGUAGCUAAUUACAAAGACGGCAAAGGACAAAAGAAAUUACAAACACUCAUUUCCAGAAACGAUGGAAGUGAAUGGGACUACUUGAUUCCCCCAGCUGUUGAUUCAAAGGGUGCCAAGUAUGGGUGCAACGGGGCCCCACUCGAGAAAUGUGCAUUGCACCUACAUGGAUUCACUGAACGCGCAGAUUACAGAGAUACAUAUUCUUCUGGUUCCGCAGUUGGAUUCUUGAUUGGCGUUGGUAAUGUUGGCGAGUACUUGGAUGACAUUGCUUCUGCAUCGACAUUUUUAAGUACUGAUGGAGGCGCCACUUGGAAAGAGGUACAGCUGGGUGUAUAUCAAUGGGAAUAUGGAGACCAAGGUACAAUCUUGAUGUUGGUUGAUGCUGUUGGUGAAACUGACAAAUUUUUGUAUUCAUUAGAUGAUGGCAAAUCUUGGAAUGAGUACAAAUUUACCGAUAAACCAGUCAAGAUACUAGACCUAGCAACCGUGCCCACUGAUACUGCAAGAAAGUUUAUAAUUUUCGCCCAUCAUCCAAAGGACACAAGAGAUACAUUAUCCUACUCCAUCGAUUUCACAAACAUCUAUAAACGGCAAUGUCAAUUGGACCUCGACAAUCCCGAUUCUGACGAUUAUGAAUACUGGUCACCAUCUCACCCCAACACGCCCGACAAUUGUCUUUUCGGACACAAGUCGCAAUACUUGCGUCGUGCAAUGGGCCAUUACGAUUGUUUUAUUGGUGGCGCUCCGUUAUCCGAGGGUCAUAAAGUUACUCAAAAUUGUGCCUGUACUCGACGCGAUUACGAAUGCGAUUAUAACUACUACCGUGAUUCCAAGGACAAUACAUGUAAGUUGGUUGCAGGAAUGUCGGCCAGCGAUCGCAAGAAGGAUAUGUGUAGCAAACCGGGAGCUUUCCAGUACUUUGACACUACUGGGUACAGGAAAAUCCCACUUUCCACAUGUGUGGGCGGCAAGCAGUACGAUACAUUUAGUCCUCAUGCGUGCCCUGGCAAAGAGCAGGAGUUUAAUGAGUAUUAUGGACGCGAAAUUAAAGGUGGUAAAUUGUUUUUCAUUAGUUUUAUCCCAUUGAUUACAUUUCUUGGUACGACUUGGUUUGUGUAUGAUCGCGGGGUUCGUCGUAAUGGUGGGUUUGAGAGAUUAGGACAGAUCAGGUUGAACGAUCAGGACUUUGAGGAAGGGUUCAAUCCAAUUGAGGAUAAUCAAGUUGAUGUUGUCGUUAACAGGAUAGUUAAAGGUGGUGUAUAUACCGCCGCGGUGGUUUUUGCCACUUUUAAAACAAUACGCAAGAUUGAUCGCAAAGUGUUGGAGAAGAUUGGCAAUAUUGUGUUCAGACGGCAGCCAGGUGCGAGAAACUAUGUUUCUAUUCCUAACGAAGAUGAAGAUGAGUUGUUUGGUGAUUUUGAUGAUGAUGUCGAUGAGGAAUUGGCGCAUGGUGCCAGGUUGAGCCAGGAGCAAUUUGAGCGUCGUGAUAUGUUUAGGGAUGAUGAUGAUGAUGAUGAUUUUGAGUCAAAUAUUGACGUUGGUGGUGGAUCCUCAGCCAAAGGUGGAAAAGACACUGAUGGCGAUGGGAAAACAAAGGCGUCAAGUACUGAAAGACUUUUUGAUAUUGACGAUGAAGAAGAAGGUGAAGAAAGAGCAUCGUCUAAAGGUGACGAUGUGGAACCUGGGUCAAAGUAG